UGACUGAUCCACGGUGCGUGUUCGUCGUUUGGUUUCGGUUUUGUCUUCGGGGUUUCCACCCUCUGAUAGGCUGCGAUGUCCAAAACUAUCUCACACACACACGCACACUUCCUCAUCCGCAGAUCCACAAAGACACACUGACGGUUUUUAUUUUUUUUUAUUUGGAUUUUUCCGAACCGACCGGACCGGACCGGGGGAUCGACCCGGUGACAGCCCGGCAUGUGUUGAGCUUUACUCGGAUACAUGUUGUUUGUUUGGUUCGUGACCGCGGAAGCUGGAAACGAAACUUUUAGAGGAGACGAGCCGAGCUCAUGAAAGCAAAUGGCUGCACGUAUGUUCAACUCUUUGACACCGAUUUAAGAACAAGGGAUGGACGGUGAGAGAAGCGAUGGGGAGCCGGAGGUGGUGGACGAGUUUGCGUGUGCUGGGAUGCUGCGAGGAUCUCUGACCUCGCUGCACGGCACCGUGGAGCGGAUCUUCGGGGUGAUUUUUGGCAUCGGGGCGGACGAUUUGUCUCAGGGCAACAACGGGCAGAUAUGGCUGAAACUACGGGGGAAGAGCAGCAGUGUGAAAGCUGCCAAAUUAUUUGUGAAGGGAGUCGUGAACCAGGAGGAGCAGCAGGAGGUUUCCUAUCCCGAUGUUCUUCACUGUGUCUUCUGUGGAGCCAGAGGACUGUUCAUGGACUGCCUCAUAAGAAGCACCUCAGCACAUAUUGUGGUUGGCUCUACAGGAUUCCUGCUCAUAUCAGGUCUUGCAGAGCCGGUGGUGCGAGCCUACUCCCUUAUUACAGAUCUGGUGGAGAGGUAUGAGGGCACACAGUCCAGACGCUCUGAGAUUGGAGACAGAGGUCCAGGGGAGUCUCUGGAUUCACGCCGGGCCUUCAAAGCUCUGGUGGAGAAAUGGGAGGACAGGCAUAUCUUGGAUCUACUGGUGUUACCAGGGUCGGUGAAGGAAAUCCUGUUGGAUUUGGUGAAAGAAUCAGGGCUUGGAUCAAGCCCCAGCCCAGCACUGAUAGAUGCAAGAUUAGGGGAUUCGGAGGGUAGAUGGGACAGCACUACUGAUCGUUGGGUUGAGGGGAUGCCUGGAGGUUCGGCAAGCAAAGACUCCUUCUUCAAGUCUUUCUUCACAUCUGCAGGAGCUCGAGGAAGGGCAGAGGGUGCUGAGGAAAGACUUGUGCAUUCUCCACAGGAGGUGGGAGAAGAAGGGCAACUGGAGCAAGGGGCAUUAGGUCCCAAGGUGACUGAGGGAGUAGGGGAAGAGGAAGAACAGAAGCUGCAGUUUUUGCUUCUUUUAAAGUUCUUCACAGCCAUGGGGUACACGGAGGAUGUCGUGAAACGAGUCCUCGCCCAAACAGGACCCAAAGAGGCAUCGCAGAUACUGGACUUAGUUCAACAGGAGCAGGAACGCAGUGACCAGGAGCAGAUGAUUCAGGGUGGCCAAGAUCUGAAAAAUCAUGAAGGCAUCGCCUUGAAUCAAAGUGAGGGGAACCGACCUUGUGAGACGGAGCACAGAGAAGAUGAAGAAGUGACAGCAGGAGGAGAUAAGAUAAGUAAAAAUGGAGAGGUGGGAGAAGUUUGUGAGGGAGAGGAGGAAGUAGCGUCAGGAAGCAUGAGACAUUUUGAGGGCGAAGGUCGGACUGAAGAAAAGGAGGACGACUUUGUCUUGGGAGUGGUGAAGAAAGCUGCAGCCAGCUGUGGCUACAUGGAGCAGAACGUAGCCAAAGUUUACAACAUGUUGCCUGAUCGAUCCACCCACCAGCUACUCCUGGAGCUCCAGAGAGGGGAGAGCAAAGAGAUGGACGCCUUUCGGGAACAGCCGAGAGAGAUGGAUGAUGUGGUGCUGGAGAAAGGAGCACCAAAAAUUGGACCAACAGAGGACGAAGCAAGAGGAGAAACUGAGCUUUUCAUACCUGCAGAAAAGAGAGAAGCUGAUGAUAAAGGAUGGGUAUUAGUUCCAAACCUAGCUGCACCUGUUUCUGAACCAGAUUUGUUUACUUGGAUUAAUAAACCCCAGCAGCCUCCGACAAAUCAAUACGCCUCCCAGCCAAAGCGGCACAAGCCUCCGAAGUCACAAACCCAACACCAAACCAUCCUCCCUGAAGUCAAAGGGCCACCCAUGCCUAUUUAUUCCUCAUCCUUAAAUUCUCCACACACCAAUUUCCAAUCCAGCAAACAGUAUGACCAAACCAGCUACUGGCCUAAUCCAUCCAACCAAGACAAUGUCUUAAAUCCAAAGCCCCAGGCCUCUAACUCCUCAAAACGGGCGCUCCAAACCCCUCAACAGCCCAUCUUCACAGGGAAACACUCGUCUCCGACCAGAGCGAGGGAAAGACGGGGCUUCAACACCUCUUCAGUGGUUGUGACAGGGGAGCAGCGGUUCCUGGAAGGCCUACAGAUGCCCUUUGACCUUCAGCUAACAGACCAACCUGGGGACCCAAAGCUGAGGACGAUCAUCAUUGAUGGGAGCAACGUGGCCAUGAGUCACGGGUUGGGUCAUUUUUUCUCCUGUCGAGGAAUCGCCCUGGCCGUCCAGCACUUUUGGGACCGAGGCCAUCGACACAUCAGCGCUCUCCUGCCACAGUGGAGACAGAAGUUUGACCCCAAGAUCAAAGAACAGCACUAUCUCGGUGAGCUGCAGAAGCUGGGCCUCGUCUCCUACACCCCGUCCAGAGAGGUCCAGGGCAAGAGGAUCAGCUCGUACGAUGACAGAUUUAUGCUGCAGCUUGCACAGAAGACGGACGGAGUCAUCGUGACGAACGACAACCUGAGAGACCUUUCAGACGAGUCCCCUGUGUGGAGGGACAUCAUCAAAAAGAGACUUCUUCAGUACACGUUUGUUGGGGAUCACUUCAUGGUGCCGGAUGAUCCUCUGGGCAGAGGAGGGCCUCACCUGGAUGACUUCCUACGCUCAGACCACAGGACUCCUGACACAGGAAACCACUCUUUUGCCGGAGUAGCCACCAAUUUCCCUCCCUCCAAACCUCCACGCUCUCAAACGGAGGUCCUGAACUACCGCGACCGAACUCCGGGUGGAGCUCUGGAUGCAACACGUGGAGGGAGUCGGGGUAAAGGGAGAGGACAUGGAACGGGGUGGGAUGCGGGACACCAGCACAGGCAGUUUGGAGCUUUAGGUGCAGACAGGAGUCCAGAGGAGACCGCCAGCUUGAGGGAGAAGCUCUGUCAGGUUUUCGCGGGUCAGGACAACAUGGUGGCGCUGGUGCUGCAGUGCCACCCGGCACAGAUGGACAUCAACGUGCUGUCUGAUUUGAUCCUGGAGCAGCAGAAGGACUAAGACAUAUUUUAAUCACGACGUCUUCUCUGGGUUAAUUCAGACUUUUGAACUUUGCCCUGAUUUAAGUGUUUCCCACCAAACGACUACAGCGAAUCACACUGGCUAAUCAUUUACCUGCAUUAACUCACACAUAAUUUAACUAUGAUGUUCGACUCAUGUAUUGCUGUUUCCUUCCUCUGAUAAUUGCAUUUUAAAGGUAUUUUUUUAAAAACGUUUUUAACAUAUUCCCUGUUUUAGAUACAAAGUGAAAAUGUCCUUAUGAACCAAGUACGCUCUGUCUUUUUAGACCUAUCAAGCAGGGUCGGACUAGUUUUCCAUUUUAGUUUAAAUACUGUCCCAAAUAUGAACCAUUAACUUCUGCUUACUUGUUGGAGACCACCAUCCUGACCAGCAUCAGGUCAAAAUGUGACUAAUACUUGGAUUUAUGACUAAACAAGUACGGCUGUAGACCCUUCAGACUUGUUGAAUGCCUGUUUAUUGAUUAAAAUGAUUAAAAACAAAUUUGAAUUUUUUUUGUAACCUGUUAAAAGUUUUUUUUAGCUAGUGUGGGAGGCACAUGGAUAGUUACAUGAAAUGGUUUGGGUACAUUUUGUACAUUAGGACCUUCAGCUGUGGGGGUGGAUGUCAUUUUUCCAUGUAAGAAUAAUACUAAACCAAUCUUUACAAUAUUCUGUACACUCAGAUCUAUAUUUUUUAACUUAUUUUAACCUGGUCUGAUGUCGAUGUGACUCUACUUUUGAGCCUAAGAUCAUAGAGAGUGUGUCUGGAUGAGGAAACUGAGACGACAGCAUCCAUAUCUCUGAAGAUCAGAUCUUCAAUCCAGCCUCUCAAAGUCAAUUUUUACCAUAGUGCGCAAGUUGUGGGAUAGAAUAAUUUGUAUUGUUUAUUUAUGUACAUUUUAAGACUUUGAUGCUGAUUUUUGCCCAUGUUUCUGUAUUAAAGUAUUUCUUGAUUCAAAGGAUUAAAAAAAAAA